AUGCCUGUGAGGACAAGGUUCCUGGAGGUGAGGGCAAGGUUCCAGGCGGUGAGGGCAAGGUUCCUGCCGGUGAGGACAAGGUUUCUGGCUGUAAAAAAUGUUCCUGACGCUGAGGACCAGGUUCCUACCGGUGAGGAGCAAGUUCCUGCCGGUGAGCACAGGGUUCCUGGCCGUGAGCACAAGGUUUCUGGCGGUGAGCACAAGGUUCCUGCCGGUGAGGACAUGGUUGCUGCCGGUGAGGGCAAGGUUCCUAGCCGUGAGAACAAGGUGCCAGGCGGAGAGGACAAGGUUCUUGGCGGUGAGAAUAAGGUUCCUGGCGUUGAGGACAAGGUUGCUGGCGGUGAGGACAAGGUUGCUGGCAGUGAGGACAAGGUUCCUCGUGCUGAGGACAAGGUUCCUCACGCCGAGGACAAGGUUGCUCACGCUGAGGACAAGGUUCGUGACGCUGAGGACAAGGUAACUCAGACUGAGAACAAGGUUCCUCCUGCUGAGGACAGGAUACCUCACGCUGCGGACAAGGUUCCUCACGCUUAGGACAAGGUUCCUCACGCUGACGACAAAGUUCCUUACGCUGAGGACAAGGUACCUCACACCGAAGACAAGGUACCUCACACUGAGGACAAGGCUCGUCACGCUGAGGACAAGGUACCGCACACUGAGGAAAAGGUACCUCACACUGAGGUCAAGGUUCCUCACGCUGAGAACAAGGUUCCUCAAGCUGAGAACAAGUUACCUCACACUGAGGACAAUUUACCUCACACUGAGGACAAGGUUGCUCACGCUGAGUACAAGGUUCCUCACGCUGAGGACAAGGUUCGUCACGCUGAGGACAAGGUUCCUCAAGCUGAGGACAAGGCACAUCACACUGAGGUCAAGGUUCCUCACGCUGAAGACAAGGUACCUCGUACAGAGAGCAAGGUUCCUCACGCUUAGGACAAGGUUCCUCACGCUGAGGACAUGGUUUCUCACGCUGAGGACAAGGUUCCUCACGCUGAGCACUAGGAUCCUAACGCGGAGGACAAUGUUCCUCACGCCGAAGACAAUGUUCCUCACGCUGAGGACAAGGUAUCUCACCCUGAGGACAAGGUACGUCACGCUGAGGACAAGGUUUCUCACGCUGAGGACAAUGUACCCCACGCUGACGACAAGGUUCCUCACGCUGAGGACAAGGUUCGUCACGCUGAGGACAAGGGAGCUCACGCAGAAGACAAGGUUCCUUACGCUGAGGACAAGGUUCCUCACGCUGAGAACAAGGUUCCUCACGCUGAGCACAAGGUCCCUAACGCUGAGGACAAGGUUCCGCACGCGGAGGACAAGGUUCCUCACGCUGAGGACAAGGUCCCUGACCCUGAGGACAAGGUUCCUCACGCUGAGGACAAGUUUCCUCACGCUGAUGAGAAGGUUCCUCACGCUGAGCACAAGGUUCCUCACGCUGAGGACAAGGUACCUCACCCUAAGAACCUUUCAAAUUCAAAUUAGCUAUAACGUAUUGUAGUAAUUUGACAGCUCUAAUUGCUUUGAAUUAAUGGUUGGGUACGCAAGGUCUUGUACUCAUGGGACGAAACUCAAAGAAAUAAAAAUUAGAAAAUUUAGAAGUUUUUAAGAGUUUUGUCCCAUGAAUACAAGACCUUGUGUUCUUACGCAACCAUUAAUUCAAAGCAAUUAGAGCUGUCAAAUUACUACAAUACGUUAUAGCUAAUAUGAAUUUGAAAGGUUCAGUUUUUUUAUACACCCUGUAUAGAUAAUGAAGGUUAACGAGGUUUAUCAUCUCAUCUACUGUAUGUUUAAAUUAUUGCAUUCGACGCGACCAAAAUUCGACAUAUAAAACAAGCCUAAAUUUAAAACCGGUUUUCCACUGGCGAAUUUUCUCGCGCGAAAAGACCUUUUUCCUUUGUCGGUAUCACCUUAUUACGUCAGCAAGACGUGGCAAAAUGAUGUCGACAAAGGAAAAAGGACGCUUCGCUAGGCGAAAUUUUCCGCGCGGAGCGGAAUUUUUCUUUGUCUUGUCAAAUUUGUCUGGUGGAACUAAUUAGAAAAAACAAAAAGAAAUUCCGCUCCGCGCGGAAAAUUCCGCCUAGUGGAAAACUGCCUUUAAGGCCGUUUUCCAUUAGGCGGAAUUUUCCGCGCGGAGCGCAAUUUGUCUUUUUCUUUUCUAAUUAGUUCCACCCGAGAAAUCACAAGACAAAGAGAAAUUCCGCUCCGCGCGGAAAAUUCCGCCUAGUGGAAAACAGCCUUAAGACGCUUGCUUUAAAUUCACAAGAGCAGAAACCGUGAGUUUUACAAAGAUAUUUUAAUUUCUUAAUAAGUCAAUGUUUAUAAUAUAUUGACCCUGCCAAUAUUUUACGCAUCCUCUGCCAGUUUGCGUUCAGCUAAUAGGGCAUCAAACUCUAACAGAAUACGUUAUUUCACUAAUAGUUUUGGGUUUUUGGGACAUCCUGUAUAAUGAUGAAAACAUGUCAUGCCAAAAGCGUGGGCUUUAUUAUUAUGAAAAAAUUAAAUUCAUAUAUACCGAGUAAUUAAUUAACUCACAAUGGUAUGCUAAAGUUGGAUCGCGUUUUUUUGAGACAACACAGUAUAUCAGGUAAUUAUUCAUACACAAAUAUUUUUCACACAAUAACUUUGUCGGCACAGCGCUGUCAACCAGGUCCGCCGAGAGGUUGGCUGAAAAUUUUUUUUUCGGAGAACAACCCCCCCCCCCGUCAACAACUUUUUAGGUUAAAAAGUUUUCCGUACGAGUACGUUGCAAUUGCUUCCCAGGGACUUUAUCUCAUUUUUUAUGCCAAAUUUCGGUACUUAGCCCAAAAACAGAUAUCUUGUCCUUUUCGCGGAAAUAUUUUACACACAAAACAGACUGGGGCCCAACAAAAAAUUUUCAGGGGCCCCCAGCACCUCGGGGCCCAGGGCAAUUCCCCCCCCCCCACCCUGUCGCCCUCUCUGCGGCUCUGCUGUCAACAUUGCCUUAAAGGUGUUUUUACUGAAAUCUAGCGUCUAAGGCAUCCCUCACUUCCUUCUCUCAUAAACCACCCUUAACCUGCCUUAGGAAAAAUUAUGCCUGCAGAAACGUUUCGUGCGUGGAAAUUUUUCACCCAUGCUUGCUUUUUAAAUUUUAUUUCAGCAAUGAACAAUUUAUUAUUAGUUAAUUAUAAUGUCCAGUAUUGGUCACACAACCACAUCAGCUAUGCUGUAUUAUAUAAUACCUUAUUAAAUUCUAAUCGUUUAAUUGGCUGUUUAUGGUCACGUGAUACUGAAUAGAAAAUUCCAUUUCCCAAGAGUGCAAUGGAACAUUCCAUCUUUCACCUCAUGAAAAUAUUCUUACCAUUGCACUCAUAAACAUUCAUUAUUUGUAUAAUAUUAUCGUGUUUAAAUAAAUGCUUUUAUUAUUAUUAUUAUUAUUAUUAUUAUUAUUAUUAUUAUUAUUAUUAUUAUUAUUAUUAUUAUUAUCAAAACAUCCAGAAAGGUUUCACUCCAAAACUCUCAGGAACACUAGAACAUACUGCUCAGAUGGCACAUAUAAUUAACACAGCGCGUACCAAGCAACGAUCUAUAGUUAUUACAUUACUCGAUCUUAAAAAUGCAUUUGGCGAAGUCCAUCAUAACCUCAUUUACGAAGUCCUUGAUUAUCAUCACGUUCCUAAUCACAUAAAGAACCUUAUCUGCAGUCUUUACACUGAUUUCCAAACUUCCAUCAUAACCGAACAGUUUAACACCCCCUUCACUACAGUCGGUCGUGGCGUUCUUCAAGGCGAUUGUCUCAGUCCACUUUUAUUCAACAUGUCAUUCAAUACUUUUAUACAACAUAUUAAAUCUGAAAAAUACCGUCAGCUUGGAUUUUGGAAAUUAAGUGAAAUUGGCAUUCCGUGCAAUCCUAUACAUUGGUUUCAGUUUGCAGACGAUGCUGCUGUCAUCAGUAGCCAAGAGAAAGAAAAUCAAAUGCUCCUUAAUCGUUUUACAAUCUGGUGUCAAUGGGCUAAUAUGAUUAUACGCGUUGACAAAUGUUCAACAUUUGGCAUUAAAAAACACUUAACUAAAUCUAUCCAGUAUUUACCCAAGCUUUUCGUUAAUAACGAUCUUGUACCCAGAACCAAAAUGGGCAAAUCUUUCCGUUACUUAGGUCGCUAUUUCGAUUUCAAUAUGUCUGAUGAGGAACACAAAUGA